AUGAAGAAGAAGAAGAGUGUUUCGUUUAAUUUGUUCGAUGAUGAAGAUCUUGAUCUUCCUCUUCCUAUUCCUAAUGUGUUUCCAAUGAAGAAGAAGAAGAAGGUAGUUUCACUUAGCCUCUUUGAUGAUCUUCUUCUUCAUGAUCCACCACCACUACCAUCAGUGCAGCCUCAAACCCACCACCAAAAGCUUUACUCAAACCUAUAUUUUAAAAGAACCUUUCAUGCUAUAAACCCUGAACCAAUUCUGGCUAUUGUUCCUUAUUCAGGCCAAACAAUGCCCCAAUCUGCCGUAACUCUUCAUAAAAAUAGAAAGCGGAAGGGCAACGAAAAAAUUACGAGUAUUCGUAACCAAGUACAGAAUGAGCCGGAGCCUCGUCCAGAACCACUUCUUCCCGAAAUCUUGCGAGAAAUAGGAUUGAAUGAAGGGACGGUGCCAGUUUUCUUGUACCAAAAAAGGCUCACAAGUUCCGAUACUAAGCCUGAUCAGAAUCGGAUUUUUCUUUCUCAUAACAGAGAAAAAGUGAUGGAAUUCUUGACACAAAUGGAGCGACAAUUAGUAGAAGUUAACCAAGGCUGUGGCCCGAGUAGCGUCUUCGAGGUGUAG